GGCAGUAAAACGAUCCCGCUGUCGCCCCGGGGCCAAGCCCAGCUCCCCCGGCCGAUAAAAGGGGCGGCGGGAGGGACACCGCCCUCACUGCCCCGAGCUUCGGCAAAGGCGCGUGGGAUUCGGGAAUACCCUCUGGAGCAGCCAUGUCCCGCUCCGUCAGCUUCAGCUCCCGCUCGGCCGCCGGCCCGGCCGUCACCCAGGUCCGGGUGAGCUCCGUGUCCUCCACCCGCGGGCUCGGCGGCUCCGGGCUCGGCCGCGCCGGCGGCUUCGGCAGCUCCAGCCUCUACAGCCUGGGCUCGGCCAGGAGGGUCUCCGCGGCGGGGAGCGGCUCCUACAGCGUCCGCUCGGGCUUCGGCUUCGGGAGCGCGGGGCUGGGCGCCCUGAGCCCCGGCGGCAUCCAGGAGGUGACGGUGAACCAGAGCCUGCUGACCCCCCUCAACCUGGAGAUCGACCCCAACAUCCAGAGGGUCCGCAAGGAGGAGAAGGAGCAGAUCAAGACCCUCAACAACAAGUUCGCCUCCUUCAUCGACAAGGUGCGGUUCCUGGAGCAGCAGAACAAGAUGCUGGAGACCAAGUGGAGCCUCCUGCAGGACCAGAAAACCACCCGGAGCAACAUCGGGCCCAUGUUCGAGACCUACAUCAGCAACCUGCGGCGGCAGCUGGACGGGCUGCUGGGGGACAAGGGGCGGCUCGAGGGGGAGCUCAAGAACAUGCAGGACCUGGUGGAGGACUUCAAGAACAAGUAA